UCCCGCUCCGCCAAUCAGCGUCCGACUGCCUCUUCCCACGUGAUCCCGGGCGGGCUAAGGACCUGCUGCUUCCCAAACGCCAGGGGGAUGCGGGCGGCAGAGCGCGAGAGGCGGCUGCUAGGCUGCGGGGCGUUUUGACUUUUCCUCCACCCAGCCUCCUUGGGCUCCUCUCCUCUGUCCCUGGACUCCGGUCUCCUGCUCCCCCGGCUUCCCAGAGCCCUCCCCUUAUGGCAGUAGCUUCCCGCGCCUCCGGCAUAGCUUUUCAGCGGACGACCCUCUCGCUGCUGGGGCUGAGCCGGGUCACUGGAUGUUGCUGAAACUCUCGAGAUCAUGCUCGGGUUUCGCUGCGGCUUCGCCGUCAGGUGCCACUGCCACCACCGCUGCUUCUGCUGCCGUCGUCCGCGGGAUGCUCAGUAGCCCGCUGCCCGGCCCCCGCGAUAGUGUGUUCUUCGGAAGCCGUUUGCUGCUGCAGAGUUGCGCGAACUAGUCAUGGUGCUGUGGGAGUCCCCGCGGCAGUGCAGCAGCUGGACACUUUGCGAGGGCUUUUGCUGGCUGCUGCUGCUGCCGGUGAUGCUACUCAUCAUUGCCCGCCCGGUGAAGCUUGCGGCUUUCCCUACCUCCUUAAGUGACUGCCAAACGCCCACCGGCUGGAACUGCUCUGGUUAUGAUGACAGAGAAAAUGAUCUCUUCCUCUGUGACACCAACACCUGUAAAUUUGAUGGAGAAUGUUUAAGAAUUGGAGACACUGUGACUUGCGUCUGUCAGUUCAAGUGCAACAGUGACUACGUGCCUGUGUGUGGCUCCAAUGGAGAGAGCUACCAGAAUGAGUGUUACCUGCGGCAGGCUGCCUGCAAGCAGCAGAGUGAGAUACUUGUGGUGUCUGAAGGAUCAUGUGCCGCAGAUGCAGGAUCUGGAUCUGGAGAUGGAGUCCAUGAAGGCUCAGGAGAAACCAGUCAAAAGGAGACAUCCACCUGUGAUAUUUGCCAGUUUGGUGCAGAAUGUGAUGAAGAUGCUGAGGAUGUCUGGUGUGUGUGCAACAUUGACUGUUCUCAAACCAACUUCAACCCCCUCUGUGCUUCUGAUGGGAAAUCAUAUGAUAAUGCAUGUCAAAUCAAAGAAGCAUCAUGUCAGAAACAGGAGAAAAUUGAAGUCAUGUCAUUGGGCCGAUGUCAAGAUAACACAACUACGACUACAAAAUCUGAAGAUGGGCAUUACGCAAGAACAGAUUAUGCAGAGAAUGCUAACAAAUUGGAAGAAAGCGCCAGAGAACACCACAUACCUUGUCCGGAACAUUAUAAUGGCUUCUGCAUGCAUGGGAAGUGCGAACAUUCUAUCAAUAUGCAGGAGCCAUCUUGCAGGUGUGAUGCUGGUUAUACUGGACAACACUGUGAAAAAAAGGACUACAGUGUACUCUAUGUUGUUCCUGGUCCCGUACGAUUUCAAUACGUCUUAAUUGCAGCUGUGAUUGGAACAAUUCAGAUCGCUGUCAUCUGUGUGGUGGUCCUCUGCAUCACAAGGACCCAACUUUAGGUGAUAGCACUGGACUAAGAUCUGUAAACUUUCCAACCUUCUAGGAAGUGCCCCAGAAGCAACAGAAUUCACAGACAGAAGCAAAAUACAGGGCACUACAGUUCAGACAACACAACAAGAGCGUCCACAAGGUUAAUCUAAAGGGAGCAUGUUGCACAGUGGCCGGACUACCGAGAGCUUGGACUACACGUACGGUAUUAUAGACAAAAGAAUAAGAAAAGAGAUCUACACAUGUUGCCUUGCAUUUGUGGUAAUCUACACCAAUGAAAACAUGUACUACAGCUAUAUUUGAUUAUGUAUGGAUAUAUUUGAAAUAGUAUACAUUGUCUUGAUGUUUUUUCUGUAAUGUAAAUAAACUAUUUAUAUCACACAAUAUAGUUUUUUCUUUCCCAUGUAUUUGUUAUAUAUAAUAAAUACUCAGUGAUGAGAAAAAGUUGGCAUUCUUAAAUUUGCUGUAUCUCAUAACUGUAAAUAUAAUCAAGCUAGUACAAUCUGUGCAGAUACCAGUAUUUCAUUUUUCUCCACAUCUUGAGACAGAACAUUAGUUUAUAUAGGAUUCAGUGGCUAGGUUUUGAGUGAUUUCAAGAUCAAGGGAAAUGAUGGUUAUUGAAAAAGAGAAAAAAAUAAUUUAGUUUAUAUCGAGUGAGGAUAAAAUAUUUCAGAUCUUUGAAUCAUCUCUAUUUCAUCAACUUUCUUCCAUGGUCCUCCAUUUUCAUCCCCAGAGCAGAAAAACCUGUGGCAUAUAAAUUAAAUCAAAGAAGAAAGGAAAGGAAACUGUUUUAUAACCCAUACAGGAGAGAGAAAGAAGAUAUUGGUUUUUAUUUAGGAAGCAUCUUAGAAUCUCCCAGUUAACUAUAUAUAUCUGAAGGGUCCUGAACAAGUUACAUUUUAGGAAUACACAGAGCACAAAAUCUAUUCCAUUUAGGUGAGCAGAAUUAACUACUAAGGGAAAAAUUUGAUAACAUCAUUAAAUGUGAAAAACCAAAAUCACGAAUUCUCAGAAGCACCUUGCUAUAUUUAUAGUAUAUAGUUCUUUAAAAAGAAGUUGGAAUCACAACCAAAUACCUCAUGAAUAGCUUUAUGGCUAAUGUAGCACCAUUAUUUGAAAUGGAACUAAGAUGAUGGUAAUACUUUAUAAAACAGAGAAAUAUGUUUUAAGCAUAUUUAUAUGAUGAAAUAGAAAGAAAAAUGAGUACCAUAACAUCUGAAAGAGCUUAGUGGGAAGCUGAUGGAUUUUUGAUCAUACAAAUAGAUAGGGCCACUUUGUCUGGAAAAAAAUUAACUGAAAAUUCUCAAAGAGUAACAUCAAAAUAGCAAAUCAAAUAAUUGCCUUUUUAUUAUUUAGUUCUUCAUAGCUUUCUGUGGCUAAUAUAGUAAAUCUAAAUAAAGAUUUUUUGUCUCCUUCAAA